CCUCCUGCCCCAUCUUUCUCCUCUCCCUCCUCCCCUCCUUUCCUUCUCCUCCCCCUCCCUCCCCGUCCGCUUCACCCCGCCCUGCCCGCGCUCGGCUCCCCGCGCCCUGCCCGCGCCCGCUCGCUCCUCCCUCAGCCCCGGCCGGCUUCUCGCACGCCCAUCCCGAGCUCGCUGCGCGCCGGCCGCCGCCUGGUCAUGUCAGCAUGGAGAUCCGGCAGCACGAGUGGCUCUCGGCCUCCCCCCACGAGGGCUUUGAGCAGAUGAGGCUGAAAAGCCGCCCCAAGGAGCCCUCGCCGAGCCUGACCCGAGUGGGCGCGAACUUCUACAGCAGCGUCAAGCAGCAGGACUACAGCGCCAGCGUCUGGCUCCGGAGGAAAGACAAGCUGGAGCACUCCCAGCAGAAGUGCAUCGUCAUCUUUGCACUGGUGUGCUGCUUUGCCAUUCUCGUUGCAUUGAUAUUUUCAGCCGUGGACAUCAUGGGAGAGGAUGAGGAUGGGCUCUCAGAAAAAAAUUGUCAAAAUAAAUGUCGAAUUGCCCUGGUGGAAAAUAUUCCUGAAGGCCUUACCUAUUCAGAAAAUGCACCAUUUCACUUAUCACUUUUCCAAGGCUGGAUGAAUUUACUCAGCAUGGCCAAAAAGUCUGUUGACAUAGUAUCUUCCCAUUGGGAUCUCAACCACAGUCAUCCAUCAGCAUGUCAGGGUCAACGUCUUUUCGAAAAGUUGCUCCAACUGACUUCUCAAAAUGUUGAAAUCAAGCUAGUGAGUGAUGUAACAGCUGAUUCAAAGGUAUUAGAAGCCUUGAAAUCAAAGGGAGCUGAGGUGACCUACAUGAACAUGACUGCCUACAACAAGGGCCGGCUGCAGUCCUCCUUCUGGAUUGUGGACAAACAGCAUGUUUACAUCGGCAGUGCUGGUUUGGACUGGCAGUCCCUGGGACAGAUGAAAGAACUUGGUGUCAUCUUCUACAACUGCAGCUGUCUGGUCCUAGAUUUACAAAGGAUAUUUGCUUUAUAUAGUUCAUUAAAAUUCAAGAGCAGAGUACCUCAGACCUGGUCCAAGAGGCUCUAUGGGAUCUAUGACAAUGAAAAGAAAUUGCAGCUUCAGUUGAAUGAAACCAAAUCUCAAGCAUUUGUGUCGAAUUCUCCCAAACUGUUUUGCCCUAAAAACAGAAGCUUUGACAUAGACGCCAUCUACAGUGUAAUAGAUGAUGCCAAGCAAUACGUGUACAUCGCAGUCAUGGACUACCUGCCUAUCUCCAGCACAAGCACCAAAAGGACUUACUGGCCAGACUUGGAUGGGAAAAUUAGAGAAGCGUUAGUUUUGCGAAGCGUUAAAGUUCGACUCCUUAUCAGCUUCUGGAAGGAAACUGACCCCCUCACAUUUAACUUUAUUUCAUCUCUUAAAGCUAUUUGCACUGAAAUAGCCAACUGCAGUUUGAAAGUUAAAUUUUUUGAUCUGGAAAGAGAGAACGCUUGUGUUACAAAAGAACAAAAGAAUCACACCUUCCCUAGAUUAAAUCGCAACAAGUACAUGGUGACGGAUGGCGCAGCUUAUAUUGGAAAUUUUGACUGGGUAGGGAAUGAUUUUACCCAGAAUGCUGGCACAGGCCUUGUUAUCAACCAAGCAGAUGUGAGAAACAACACAAGCAUCAUUAAGCAACUUAAGGAUGUAUUUGAAAGGGACUGGUACUCGCCCUAUGCCAGAACCUUGCAGCCCACCAAGCAGCCGAACUGCUCAAGCCUCUUCAAACUCAGACCCUCCUCAAAUAAAACUGUCACCUACAACGCAAGUGGAAAGGACCCCUAGAGUGUAUAGUCUGAAUGAACAAACUUACAAGACACCUUAUAUUUCACAUUUAUACAAAAAAGACCUGAGGAGAGAAAAAUAAUUUAAUAUGUCUUUUUUAGGGAAAAAGCACACAAAAAAUAUUCUCUGAAUGACAUGUAAUAUCUUAUCUAACAAUAUCUUAGCUGCGUGUACACUAAAUUUAAGACUUUUGUAUUUGUUACUUCUGACAGGGAAUGUCAUUUUGGCUUGAAAGUUAGUUUUUACGUUUGCAUACAAAUUUUAAGACUUUGAUGCCUCUUCCUUUCUAGUUUUAGAACUUUUUCUGCUGACCACCUGGUCAGUUCUUAGGAAGCUUAGCAUGUGGUAAGCUCUUUUAUACCAUUCUGAGAACUACUGACUUAGAGAGGAGAGUGAGGAUUUUGCCCUGGAGAAGAGACUGAUUGAACCAAAUAUUUUUCCUUGAAAACCAUUUCCAAGACCUAUAUAGUCAUGUAAGCAUGAACAACUUACAUCUCAUGCCCAUCUUCAACACAGUUGAAAAAUACCCUUUUUGCCUCCUUCUGCAUUUUUUCCAAUACCAUAGCUUUUAUUUUCUAUCACUUUCUCUUCUCACAAAAUAUUAUAUAGCAUCCCUAUAUUCACCUAAACAUUAGCUCCAAGUGCGAUUGUAUCUUUUAUAUGUAUGAAUUGUUCAGAAUGGAUGCAAAAUGUAAAGAGCAGUCUUUAAUUUUCACUUUCAACUGCAUUUUCCCUACCGAAUUGAUAUUUUAAAACCACAGCCAACAAUGUGUAUCCUUUCUCUCAAACUCAGAAAAAUUAUGUAGCCACCUGCUAAUAUCCAGCAAGCUAUUAAGUCUGCAUUAUAAGAAUAAAGUAGUUUUUCACAU